AUGCCGCCAUUCAAAUUAAAUAUCUUUCCUCCAUUCAUCCUUUUUUUGUUUUUAUCUAUCUAUCUAUCUAUCUAUCUAUCUAUCUAUCUAUCUAUCUAUGGAAGCUCGUUCAGUGUCCUCUUUAACACCGAGAUCAGCUGCUUUAUUGCCUCUUCUUUUACUUCGUUAAUCCACCGGCAUAAACAAAGGCUGGUCGUAAUGAAUGACCAAACGGACAGCCUUAUUGAAAUUAAUCUACUUUUCCAAGGAAGGCUCUUAUUAAGAUUACAUGACCACUCUCUUCCUUUUCUCAUCUAUCUUCAUCUAUCUAUCUAUCUAUCUAUCUAUCUAUCUAUCUAUCUAUCUAUCUAUCAGCCUUUUCUCAUCUAUCUAUCUAUCUAUCUACCUAUGAGCCUCCUUUUCUCAUCUAUCUAUCUAUCUAUCUAUCUAUCUAUCUAUCUAUCUACGUAUAAGCCUGUUCUCAUCUAUCUAUCUAUCUAUCUAUCUAUCUAUCUAUCUAUCUAUCUAUCUAUCUUUCUAUUUAUCUAUCUAUCUAUGAGCCUGUUCUCAUCUAUCUAUCUAUCUAUCUAUCUAUCUAUCUAUCUAUCUAUCUAUCUAUCUGCUCCUGCACCUGUCUCUAUCUGUUCGUUAUUCUGCAUGUCUGUCUUCAUGUCUCAUUCUGCUUCUAUCUAUCUAUCUAUCUAUCUAUCUAUCUAUCUAUCUAUCUAUCUAUCUAUCUCUAGCUGA